UGGUGUAUGGUAUUGUCACGUAGGAACCGUUAAAAACAGAGGUCCGCCUAUAGGUAAUUUAUGAUUGUUAACCACAUUGAUAUAUCUAAAACCUACAACUGUGUCAGCUUUUAUCAUCCUUUCUAAGCAGCUGUCUAUGCAGGGAACCUGGAUGUCCUGCCUUUGUUUACAUUUAAUGUGACUUAUGACAGUUUUCCAGCCUGAAGCUUACUAAGAGUCUAGUGUUAUGGACCAACUAUGAAGGCACAACUGCAAGUUACAAUUCUCUCAGCCAAGCUGAAAGAAAACAAAAAGAACUGGUUUGGUCCCAGUCCAUAUGUUGAGGUAACUGUGGAUGGCCAGUCAAAGAGGACCGAGAAAUGUAAUAACACGCACAGCCCCAAAUGGAAGCAGUCUCUAACAGUAAUUGUGUCUCCAGUCAGCGAGCUGAUCUUUCGUGUUUGGAGUCAUCAAACCCUGAAGGCAGACAUUCUGCUGGGGAUGGCUUCUCUGGAGAUCUGCCAGAUCCUUAAGACUAAUAACUUUAAACAUGUUGCAGUUUUCCGACCACUAACAGGACCAUCUAGAAGUUAAGUAUGUGAAGUGGUUCAGUCACUGCAGCUUUCCACCGGCAGAAACUCUCUAGAUGUAGUUGGUGAGCUCUCCGUUUGCCUGGAUGGUAUGCAGGUGCAUCCAGAGGCUCUUGCACAAGCAGAGUCUGAGCAAGCUGCUCUUCCAAAUGGAACUUCAAGACAAAAUGGCAACACAGUCAACAGAUCAAGCAUGGACUCAUCUCCGUCCAGUGACUCAGAUGACUGGGUCAUCGUAUCGAAUGAUCAUACAGCAAACGGCACAGAUUCUCCUUCCCCCACCCUAGGUGGCUCCGCCACCUCUCUUCCUUCUCGGCCUGCCAGACCUCCAGCUUCCAUGCCUCACAGAUCUGCUGCUUCAGCAUCAUCUUCCAGUAGUUCCUGCCCAAGUGAGCUGAGUGAAGCCUCAGCCCCCCAUGGCUUCUCUCAGACACUCCAGAGUGGAUGUUCAGAGCAGCUGGAGGAGUCAGGUGGAGGAGCCGGUACCACAGUUUCCUCACAGAGGGCAAACCCUCGACCACAGACUACAGCCAUAAACCCCAGCCCCAAACCAAGCGCUGCCACCACAACCGCUUCAACCACACCAACUCCUACAACCAGUUCUGUCAACAACUGCCCCUUACCACCGGGAUGGGAGCAAAGAGUGGACCAGAAUGGAAGAGUAUAUUAUGUAGAUCACAUUGAAAAAAGGACGACUUGGGAUCGACCAGAGCCUCUUCCUACCGGUUGGGAAAGAAGAGUGGACCCAAUGGGUAGGGUGUAUUAUGUUGACCACAUAACACGAACGACAACAUGGCAGCGGCCCACUCAGGAGUCGGUGCGAAACUAUGAAGAGUGGCAGCAUCAACGCAGCCAGCUCCAGGGAGCCAUGCAGCACUUCAACCAGAGGUUCAUUUAUGGGCUUCAAGACCAGUUGGCAGCCAUAGCCAGUAAAGAGUUUGACCCAUUGGGACCUCUGCCACAUGGCUGGGAGAAGAGAACAGACACCAAUGGUAGAGUGUAUUUUGUUCAUCACCCAACUCGCACUACUCAGUGGGAGGAUCCGAGGAGGCAAGGGCUGCUGAAUGACAAACCCCUCCCAGAAGGUUGGGAGAUGAGGUUCACUGUGGACGGUAUUCCUUACUAUGUGGAUCACAAUCGUAGGACCACGACGUACAUUGACCCUCGCACAGGGAAAUCCUCAUCACUAGAGAAUGGACCACAGAUAACUUAUGUCAGGGAUUUCAAAGCCAAAGUGCAAUAUUUUAGAUUCUGGUGUCAGCAAUUAUCAAUGCCUCAGCAUAUUAAGAUUACCGUCUCCAGGAAAACCUUGUUUGAGGAUUCAUUCCAGCAGAUUAUGAGUUUCCACCCUCAAGAUCUUAGGCGGAGGCUGUGGAUCAUUUUUCCUGGAGAAGAGGGUUUGGACUAUGGAGGUGUGGCCAGGGAAUGGUUCUUCUUACUUUCCCAUGAAGUUCUAAACCCCAUGUACUGCUUGUUUGAGUAUGCUGGCAAAGAUAAUUACUGUCUUCAGAUCAAUCCUGCUUCUUACAUCAAUCCCGAUCAUCUCAAGUACUUCAAAUUCAUUGGACGAUUCAUUGCUAUGGCUUUGUUCCAUGGGAAAUUCAUCGACACGGGUUUCUCGUUACCCUUUUACAAGCGGAUUUUGAACAAACCUCUGACUCUGAAAGACCUGGAAUCCAUUGAUCCUGAGUUUUAUAAUUCACUUAUCUGGAUCAAGGACAACAAUAUUGAGGAAUGUGGCCUUGAGAUGUUUUUCUCAGUUGAUAAAGAGAUCUUGGGUGAAGUCACAACUCAUGAGCUGAAGCCCGAUGGAGGAAACAUUCAAGUGACAGAGGACAAUAAAGAGGAAUAUAUCAGGUUGGUAGCAGAGUGGAGACUUUCCAGAGGAGUGGAGGAGCAGACACAGGCAUUUUUUGAAGGCUUCAAUGAAGUUCUUCCUCAGCAGUACCUCCAGUACUUUGAUGCUAAGGAAUUGGAGGUGAUGCUUUGUGGGAUGCAGGAGAUCGAUCUGGCUGACUGGCAAAGAAACACAAUCUAUAGACAUUAUGCCCGAAACAGCAAACAAAUCAUCUGGUUCUGGCAGUUUGUGAAGGAAAUGGACAAUGAAAAAAGGAUGAGACUCCUGCAGUUUGUGGCAGGAACCUGUCGCCUUCCUAUGGGUGGAUUUGCUGACUUGAUGGGAAGCAAUGGCCCACAGAAGUUUUGCAUUGAGAAAGUGGGCAAAGAAAAUUGGCUUCCACGAAGCCACACGUGCUUUAAUCGUCUCGACCUCCCUCCUUAUAAGACCUACGAGCAACUAAAGGAGAAACUCAUGUUUGCCAUCGAGGAGACAGAAGGAUUUGGGCAGGAGUAAACGCAACAAGCUGGACGGAACACAGCAGUAGUGAGCUUAGUUCUUUGGACAAAAUUAAAGACAUUUUGCAGUAAUUUAUUCCAAAAGUAUGGACACGUUUGGGAAUCUGAUGAAUCUUUUUUUUUUUUUCUUCUUCUAGCUUUUCUAUUAAAGUAAUAGAGCAUUUCCUUUUAAAUUCUCAAGCAGGGCGUGAACCUUCCACCCAAAUGGUCUAUUCCAUCCAUAAUCUGCUUGCUCACCUUUCUAAUUACUUCAUGUCUGCACUUGCCAAAUGUUCAGUUUCUAUACGUGUGCAGACCUUUUUUUUUUCUCCGUAGUACACAUUACUCAAAUUCUGGCAGGUCAGUUCUGUGUGUCAAAACAGUGGGCAAACAAGAACUCUAGUGGAUUUUAAAUGGGAACGUUGAAAUCUGAGGGGAACAUUGGUUCUGUGUGAUUUUAAGUUGCACACAUGCAGGUUUAUAAAAGGGGUCCUGCUUACUGGAACAACGCUUUCUUAGGCCGAAUCAGAAUUCUUCCCCUACCCCUACAUUUAGCCCUCCAAACAGUUAUCAAAAAAAUAGUGUCUUUUAAUUCGCACCUCACUCUGACUCGAUGAUGUCAUUAAUAGUCGCCGGUCAUCCACGUUAGCGCUUAGCUGCCAGCACUCGGAAAAUACACAACAGCAUCAGUUUUAUAACUUUCAAAAGUCAUGCUAAAACAAAAAAUCAUUACUUACAUUUACAUGUAAACUUCUGUGCUUCAGAGCACACACCUCAUGCCAUUCUCCUCUGCUGCACAGCGCGACACGGAUUUCCCUUUCAAAAAACAAUUUUUAGACACCCCUACCCCUCCAAAUGCCCCUACAAUUGGAGGGGUAGGGGAAGAAUUUGGAUUCUGCCUCAUUUUGGAGGGUUUGUAUUUUUAGAUAUAAUCAUUUUAAGCUAUAAAACUAGUUUACACACGCUUUUGUGAAAGACAUUUGCUCAGAUUGUUCUGAAGGGAGACUAUGUGCAAUCGUUUUUUUGAAGACUUUUAUCAACAAGAGAGUGAAAGAAUCUUUUGUUUGAUUGUUUUUUUUGUAAAGUUUAGAUAAGAUUUAGUGUUGGGUUCAGACUUUUAUUGUGAAGUCUAUCUUUUCUAGUGCACUUGGUGUGACGGCUUUGGUUUUCUUGAACUUGAUAAACAUUGCUCCACAUAACAGUCACUGUUAUACAUAUUGAAUUAAAAAUAUAAAUGCUAAACUAAUUAGCAAACAGGAAACCCAAAAAAACAUUGAAGGUUUUCUUGAAUGACUUUAAGCUGUUAUGAAUGACAUGGAAAUUCUUGAAAAGAUGACCAAUUGUCUAACCACCACCUGCUACCACUAAAUGCUAGUUGGUUUUUUCAUUGGUUGUGUAGCAAUCAGACCAUUACAACCUAAAAGUAGAUUUAAUUGGGCUUGUGGCCACUAUCUGACAACAUGAUUCCAAUUCAGACCAUGUUUAUAAUAAUUAUGAAAAGUUAAAAAGAAGAAAUCUCAGUCAAUGUACAUCACCAAUACAAUAAAUCCCAAAGUGUUAUAUCCAAAACAUGAAAUUUGAUUACAUUUAAAUGCAUUGGAUUUAUACAGUUUAGAUUGUUUUUGAAAAUAUUCUAAUUUAACCUGUAAAAGUAACAGAGUCAAACAUUGGCACAGUUGGCUAAGCUGGUCAUCGUCUUUUUUUUUUAAAUUAGAGUAAAACAAAUUUUAACCAAAGGGCAAUUUAGAGAUAUAAAUACAACUUUUAGAUAACAAUUUAAUAGUUAAAUUGUGUUUAUAAAAUGCUGAUUUUGACUUGAAAUCAGUGUAAAAUAAGCUUUAGUUUGUUCCUGUUUUUACUACUACUGUAAGUUGUAAUCCUAAUGUUUUGUUUCAUAUUGUGGCAAAACAUUUUUAUUCUCAGUAUUCUGUAACAAAAAGCUCUUAUCUUUCACUGUGAGCACAAGCAAGCUUUUAUUGGCUUUACAUAAAUACUUUAUUUUAUAAAUUCCUUGUAUAUUUUUGCCAUUCAGUGAAGCCAAGAGUGCGAUGAAUGACUUAGUCUGACAGAUUAUCAACUAUGUGAGAAAUGUAUGGUAGUCAAAAAUUAAAUAAAAUUCACUGUCAAGCGGAUUUUAAAAAGGCAAAUGUGAAAUAAUUCUGAGAUUCAAAAAGAUACAAAUUUAAAAAAAGAUAGGUUUUGUAAUUACUCGAUACUCUUCUCAAGCUUUAGGUGAGAACAUUUAUUUAUGUGCUGGAAUCAACUGUUGAUUUUUCUAUAAUAUCCAAAACAUUUUUCUCAUUUUACAUUGAGAUUAUUUGUUUUCAAAACUCACACACAUUUCAAUGCAGUUAAUGCUCAUCUGUACCCAGACUUUUUGUUUUGGUUUCUUUUUGUUCUAUUCUCACAGAAGUAGACUACAGGCAUAAUAAAAGUGUUAUUGUGUUACUAGUGUGCACAAUAAAGCAUAAAUUAUCAUGAAGAAAGUUGACUGUUUACUGAAUGUUUUGACAACACCAUAGAGGCACAUUGAAAAUGUCACUACUGUAAUUGUCUGCUUUAUCAACAUGCUGUGUUCCUUAUAAGGUAGAGAUUUGUACACAAAUAUGCAAGUGAACUUUAAAUGCACUGAAUUUAUUGUAUGAGUAAUUUUUUUUUUUUAAAUGGACAGCAGUGGGUAAUUAUUUCUCAGUGCACAUGUCAUGUAACAAACCUUUUUUUUUAAAUAAACAAAAAUACUCAAAUGCUUAUUUGUGGUAAUUUAUAAUUUGGGUAAAAUAUCCUUUGUUUAAAAAAUAAAGUAAAAAGUAAUAUA